GGAAACAAAGAAGAAGAAGACGGCCUCGGAUGGUGUCACUUCAAAGCAGGUUCUAUGAUCCAGUUAAGGACUUGUGAGGAAGAAGAAAACAGUUUUGAAAUUUGCCAGCUCAGACUGGCAGUGUUAGAAAACAAUGACAGACUCCUGGACGAGAUGCUCUGUCAAGAGAUCUACAAGAAAGUCAUCAACUGCAGAGGCGGCUGGGGCAUUGCAGGCACACCUCUACAUGCCGCUGUGUCCAAAGGCCACCUCAGCUGCCUGCAGGUUCUGCUAGCCCAUGGUGCACUUGUAGAUUGUGUAGAUAUAAAAGCUCAGACACCGUUGUUCGCUGCUGUGCGUGGGAAAUACCUGGACUGUGUUUUAACACUCCUCAGAGCCGGAGCUAACCCCAAUGGGAGCUCGACCAACAACGGCUCCCCUGUCCUCACUGCAGCGCGAGAGGGUGAUGUGGAGAUACUGAGGCAGCUGCUUAUACAUGGUGCUGAGGUCAAUUCCCGCUCUAAAGUCUUACUGUGGACCUCCAGUGCCAGGGUGUCCAGUGGGCCGCUGUACUUGGCUGCCGUUUAUGGACACAUGGAGUGCUUCAAACUGCUGCUCCUCUACGGAGCUGACCCGGAUUACAACUGCACGGAUGCAAAGCUGCUGAGUUCUGUCAAGCAGCCCAAAACUGUGCUGGAGAUGUGCCUCAGGCACGGCUGUGGUGUGGAGUACAUCCAGCUGCUGAUCGACUUCGGAGCAAACGUCUACCUCCCCACUCUGAUCAUCGAGAAGUCCACGAAGCAGAAUGAGGCAGUAGAGCUGCUUCUGGGGGAGAGAGGAAAUCCCAAGGCCUUGACCUCACAGUGCCGACUUGCUGUGCGACGAUACCUCAAAAAGAUCAACAAGAUCCACUGUAUCGACCAGCUGGAAUUGCCUACAAGUCUCAUGAACUUCUUGCAAUAUAAACAAGUUCCAGUCACUGUCGUGUAGCUAAGGAAGCGUGUAUUAUUUUAUAUUUUUAUCUCUGUCAAAGCUUUUUCAACACGUCUGUCUUUAAAUGGUUUCUGUCUCUUCAUGUGCUUUUUUGCUCAGACUGAUGUUCAGUCAGCAAGAUUAAAUGUGUGAAUAAGU